AAGGAAGAGAAGGGAGGGGCUUUUAACGGUGGCGGCUGCUUCUGCGCCUGAUCCUGGAGAAGGGCGGGCGCCAUUGUGCUUCGCCGCCGACUGUUCAGCCUCAUUUAGAGGCCUAGAACUCAGAGGAAGAAGGUAGUGGUGUGAUCGCUGGGAGCCGGACGCGCCUGUUCGGUGUUAGCACCGGAAGAAGGGGAAUAAGCUGCGGAGUUUGGGCUUCUACCUCUGGGAUGUAAAUAUAUGGGCAACAUCUCUCUUGGUAAUAAAUUCAUCACGAAUGCUGUCGUUUGUCACUAUUAAGAACAAAGGUGCCAAGUGAAGUGGAAUUCAGAAACCUUAAGAAUGGAGUCUAAACCUUCGAGGAUUCCAAGAAGAAUUUCUCUUCAACCCCCCAGCUCAUUAAGUGCUAGGAUGAUGUCUGGAAGCAGAGGAAGUAGUUUAAAUGAUACCUAUCACUCAAGGGACUCCUCGUUUAGACUGGAUUCUGAAUACCAGUCUACAUCAGCAUCAGCAUCUGCAUCGCCGUUUCAGUCUACAUGGUAUAGUGAGUCUGAGAUAACUCAGGGAGCACGCUCAAGAUCGCAAAACCAGCAACGGGAUCAUGAUUCAAAAAGACCUAAACUUUCAUGUACAAACUGUACAUCUACCUCAGCUGGGAGAAGUGUUGGACAUGGUUUAAAUGCAGUAUCAGAUUCUUCUUGGAGGCAUAGUCAAGUUCCCAGAUCUUCAUCAGUGGUACUUGGAUCAUUUGGAACUGACUUAAUGAGAGAGAGGAGAGCAGAUUCCUCUGUUAGUAACCUUACGGAUUAUAGUCACCGAAGUGGCGAUUUCACAACUUCAUCAUAUGUUCAAGACAGAGUUCCUUCUUCAUAUUCACAGGGAGCAAGACCAAAAGAGAACUCAUUGAGCACUUUACAAUUGAAUCCAUCAUCUACAAACCACCAAAUGCCUUCUGAACAUCAGGCCAUACCAUGUUCUAGGGACUCUCGUAGAAAUUCUUUAAGAUCAAAUUUUUCACCAAGAGAAUUAGAAUCUCCCCAAAGCAGUACACAGCCUGGGUUUUCUUAUAUUUCACAUAGAGAUGAAACCUCAACUAUAAGCAGUUCAGAUAGGGUUGGCUCAUCUCAGAGAUCAUUUCAAGAAUCUUCUGACAAUGAAGGUAGACGUACAACAAGGAGAUUGUUGUCACGUAUAGCUUCUAGUAUGUCAUCUACUUUUUUUUCACGAAGAUCUAGUCAGGAUUCCUUGAAUACAAGAUCAUUGAGUUCCGAAAAUUCUUACAUUUCUCCAAGAAUCUUGACAGCUUCACAGUCUCGUGGUAAUGCAGCAUCACCUUCUGAUGUUCCUAAUAAUAGGGCAUCCGAAGCUUCUCAGGGAUUUCGAUUUCUUCGGCGAAGAUGGGGUUUGUCAUCUCUUAGCCAAAAUCAUAGCUCUGAGCCAGAUUCCCAAAAUUUUAACCAAGAAUCCGAAGGUAGAAAUACAGGGCCAUGGUUAUCUUCCUCACUUAGAAAUAGAUGCACACCUUUGUUCUCUAGAAGGAGGCGAGAGGGAAGAGAUGAAUCUUCAAGGAUAUCUACCUCUGAUAUACCAUCUAGAUCUCAUCAUAUUUUUAGAAGAGAAUCAAAUGAAGUGGUUCACCUUGAAGCACAGAAUGAUCCCCUUGGGGCUACUGCCAACAGACCGCAAGUAUCUGCAGCAAUGAGCAGUGCUGCUACAGGUGGCUCAACAUCAGAUUCGGCUCACACUGGACGAAAUACAGGAAUAACAGGGAUCCUUCCUGGUUCUUUAUUCCGAUUUGCAGUCCCCCCAGCACUUGGAAAUAAUCUGACCGACAAUGUCAUGAUCACUGUAGAUAUUAUUCCUUCAGGUUGGAGUACAUCUGAUGGAAAAAGUGACAAAACUAAAAAUGUACCUUCAAGAGACCCAGAAAGGCUGCAAAAAAUAAAAGAGAGCCUCCUUUUAGAGGACUCUGAAGAAGAAGAAGGUGACUUAUGUAGAAUUUGUCAGAUGGCAGCUGCAUCAUCCUCUAACUUGCUGAUAGAGCCAUGCAAGUGCACAGGAAGUUUGCAGUAUGUCCACCAAGAGUGUAUGAAAAAGUGGUUACAGGCCAAAAUUAACUCUGGUUCUUCAUUAGAGGCUGUAACCACCUGUGAACUCUGUAAAGAGAAGUUGCAGCUUAACCUGGAGGAUUUUGAUAUUCAUGAACUACAUAGAGCUCAUGCAAAUGAACAAGCUGAGUAUGAGUUUAUCAGCUCUGGUCUCUACCUAGUUGUGUUAUUGCACUUGUGCGAACAAAGCUUUUCUGAUAUGAUUGGGAAUACGAAUGAACCAAGCACACGUGUCCGAUUUAUUAACCUUGCAAGAACUCUUCAGGCACAUAUGGAAGAUCUCGAAAGUAGGUGGAAUUUCCCCUCCUUAGACUUAUUGAAUUUACUUUUGCAAAUUAAACCCACAGAGCAAAACCUAAGUAUAUAUAUAUAUACCCUUUCUACGAAAUUAGAGCUUCAUUAUAGGAUUAAUAAUACCUAUUAAUCAUUGAUUUGGGAAAGAUGGGUUGGGCAGCUGACAUUAGUUUUUUAAGAGCAUAUUUUUUUUAAAUCACAUGAAUUUUAAGGUCUAGAAGGAUGUUAUUUUAACCAUCAGUAUUUUACUUUUAUUUAAAAUAAAAAUCUGUAUAUUUAAUCAUUUUAACACUUAAUCAAAAAGAAGAUAUGUUUAACUACUAAUCAGAACACUUGUGUGUGUGUGUGUGUGUGUCUUUUUAGGGCCACACGCACAGCAUAUGGAGGUCCCCAGGCCAGGGGUCCAUCGGAGCUACAGCUGCUGGCCUACACCACAGCUCACAGCAACGCUGGAUCCUUAACCCACUGAGUGAGGCCGCUGUGUCCUCAUGGAUACCAGUCAUAUUUAUUUCUGCUGAGCCAUGACAGGAACUCCAAAGCACACUUCUUAAUUGGUUAGAUUUUUUUAUUUUGUAUAUGAAAUUUUACUUGCUACUUAUUUUUGUUAGAUCAUAAAAGGUGUUCCUAGGAAAAUAAGGUGAAAGAGUCCUAAUUCUGAAUCCCUAACAGAAGCCAUAGUUUUUUUGUUUUUGUUUUUGUUUUUUUGCUCCUUGUUCAGGUCCUCAUGGACCUUUAAUAGACAGCCAGCUCGGCCAGCAGCUUCAAUCUCUUAAGAUCACGUUGCAGCAUUAGGACUUCUGCCUGGGCUCCUAUGUUGAAGGCACUUAAUGCCCAAAUCUUUACAGGCAUCUGCACAACUUACCCUCUUCUCAAAGUCCUACAGCCUCAAGGGUGCUUCAUAUCAGGUGGGCACAGAUAUUGAUGGCUCUGGAACAGUUCCUGGGAAUCCAAGAUUUUCCUACCUGUUACUUUUUUUUAAUCCAAACCAACCAUGGUCAGAUUUAAUCCAAUCUCUCCAUGGUCAGAUUCUAGUACACUCUUUGAAGUAUUUUUAAAUAUCAGUUAUCCAAUUGAUCAUCUUCUAUAUUCAUCUUCAAAAUACUUGGAGUGUUAUCUGUAGUGUGCGUAACAUUUUUACCUUCAGAGAAAGCUCAGCAUCCUUUGAGGUAAGGUUUUAGAAGGAUUUAAUCCUAAGAACCUUUUAAUUCCUUGAAUGUUCUAAGCCAUGGAUUUUUGUCAUUAAGUUUAUGCUAUUUUUAAGUUUUAAAAGGAUUAGAGGUACAACUAGAUAAUGCAUUUUUGCAGUUUUAGUACAUGUGGAAAUGGUAUAUAAAGGAGUCAGAUGAUAAAGUGGGGAUUCAUUUAAUGAGAUCUUUUUUCUAUUCAUACCUUCUUAGUUCAGACCCCUCAUGUUGACCAAUAAAUACAAAGAUUUUUCUCUUUUUUGUAAAUAAUACUUUGUCAAAUGUAGUAAUAAUUUGUUGCAGUGUACAUUUUCCCUGAAUUGCUUGUUUUUUUGUUUUAAGUAAUGUUCUCAUUUAGCAUUUAGUUUUUAAACAUAUAGGAGUGUCUACUCCCAACAUGUGAAUGAAAGGGAAAAGAUGGAGUUGAAGUAUAUACCCAAACUCAACUGAGAAUGAAAGAUGUUGUGGACGCUACACAUUAACUUCUAAGUACUAGAAUAUUAAUAUAUUCUGAAAUUUGGUUCUGACUGAAUUUUCUUGUGUUGGUCCAGUAGAAAACUUUAAUAAAGAGUUUUGAAAAGCCAUUUAAUUUUUUAGUUUAACAUUUCUCUAUGAUACAGCAUAAAACUUAAAACAUAGAUUUACUCAUCAUAAGCUAUGUACAUGCUUGAUAUCAUUUAUUAAAUUGGAUUUUAAAUUUCCUCAAGAUAAACAGACUGAAACAUGGAGACUUAAGUCUCAUUUAUAUGUGUUGUGUAAUUUUCUUGUUGAUUGGAUUUGCUGGGUACUCAAAUUGUUCAGUAUUAAAUGCAUGAAGAGUAUACAUUUAACCUUUCUGCCCUUGAUAAAAGUGGGAAUGCUUAUUAGAUAUUUAGUGAACUUCAUUUCCCUUCACAUGCAGACAGUUUACAGAAUAUGUAGUGCUUCAUUAUAUCCUUCUUAAAGACAUUUGAGUAUAUUUUAUUUAUUUAUUUUGGUGGUGUUGGGCAGCAGCUUGAUGUGGGAAUAUCAGGUCCCAGGCCACAACUGUGAAAGUGCCAAGUCCUAACCUCUAGGCCACCAGGGAACUCCCUCGAGGGUGUCUUUUAUUAAAGUCUUAAGCCACUAAUGACUCUAAAAUAAAUUGAAUCAAAUGUUGCACCAGUGAUAUCCCUGACAGCUAGAGAAGCAUAGGAAUAAUCUCAGAAAGUUUUCAUUAAAUCCAGUUAUUUUAAGUAAGGCUGUGUCUAUAUAAAGCUCUUUUUUGACUGACCAGAACUUGGCAUUGUAUAGACAUAGCUUUGAUGUAAAUUGCAAAAACUCCCAUAACCUAUGCUAUGUACAUUUUUUUCCAUUUUCUUCGGAUACAUCAGACGUGAAGUGGUAGUAAGCCAGAUUCUACUCAGGUGUGUGAGAACAUUUGUCCUUUAAUUCACUUUUUGUCUAGUGUUUAUAUAUUAGCUAUGAUGAAUACCAGUUGAUCUCAGAAACUUUUUAGGUGUUUUUUUGUUUGUUUGUUUGGUUUUUUUAGGGCUGUACCCAGGGCAUAUGGAGGUUUCUGGGCUAGGGGUCAAAUCAAUGCUGUAGCUGCCAGCAUACACCACAGCCACAGCAACACAGGAUCCAUGCCACCUCUGCAGCCUACACCCAGCUCACAGCAACACCGGAUCCGUAACCCCCUGAGGCCAGAGAUCAAACAUGCAUCCUCAUGGAUACUAAUCAGAUUUGUUUCUAUUGAGCCAUGCUGGGAACUCCUAGAAGAUAUUCUUGAAACACAUUUUUAUUUUAAUAAAAACUAAUAAAAGAGGCAGAGGAGGAGGUUUUGUGAAUGGGCAUCACCCACAGUCAAACCACCUAACCCUAUCAUAGUAACCUAUCGUUUUGAGGAAACAUACACUAAAUUGGGGUUUUUAUUUUACAUAUCAUCGCCAUUCUGGCUUCAUAUUUACACUUCUAUUCUCAUCCCCCUUAAAGUCAUUCUUGAUUAUCCUGUUUUCUUUCAACAGCUUCAGAGGAUGAUUCUGAAGAAGAUGGAGACCAUAACAGAACAUUUGAUAUUGCCUAACUUCAUAUAAGACAAAUGGAUGAUCUGUGAACAAGUGUUUAUUAAAACUGGCAAUUAAGUAUGAAUUAAUUUUGUGGGGAAAUGCCUAUUAAAAUACAUUUACAAUCUGUCUAUAUAAAAUGAAUAUAUGUAUACAUAUGUAUGCAUGUAUAUAUAUAUUCAUUCUCAAGUGUUGCUGAAUUAAAAUUCUGCUAGGCCUUUUAAAUACGGCCAUUGAAUCUGAUGUUUAUAAGUUGAUAAUCAAAAGUAUUUUUCUUUUAGAUGAGUGGGAAAGUAUUACCCUUGUUUUAAAUAUGUAAGCAAUGCUGUCGGCCCUUUUUUGUGUUCUGAUUACUGUAGUCAUAUUUAUGAAAAAAGUUUGGUGUUUUAGUCUCUUGUUAGUGAAAAAAAUGGGACAAAAUAUGCUUUCAGAAUAAACUGCCAAAUGGCACCUAAUUGUUUUUCUUUUUAAAAUGCCUUAAGUUGCAAUCUCCUUUUCAUAAUCAUUUGCUUCCAGUGUUUAAAAAAAAUAAGAGUGGGGAGAAAGUUAUGAAGAGCAUUGUAUUAGGUUUCCAAAUUUAAUUUGCAUUCUAAAUUUGCUUAGGAAUAAAAUCUCUUUUCCAGAGAGGGGAGGGCAUGCUUGUGGCAUGUGAAAGUUACCAGGCUAGGGACUGAACCCACACUGCAUUUGCAGUCUGUGUCACAGCUGUGGCAGUGUGGGAUCUUUAAUCUGCAGUGCCACACAGGACAGGAACUUCCAAAUCUAAUUUUUUUUAAGUAUAUAAAUAUAAAAUGUAAAAAUGAUGGAUAAAUUUUAUAUUGAUUUGCAAAAGCAGAUUGUAUUUGAUAGGACAUAAUAUGUAGAUAUUCCUUUUAGGAAUAUUACAGCUGUAAAUUUAUCAGAAUUGCCAGCCAUGCUAUUUGGUUAAAAAAAUUAUUGCAAUCUCAAGUUAAUUAAAUAUUUUUAAAUCCCACAAAGUUUAAAACACUGGUUUUCAAUGUGUUUUUUAGUGUUGUCACUUCUUUAUAGAUAAAUAUGCUAUAAAUAAUCUGUUUGGAUAGUGGUCAUUUUUAACUGUUCCUUGGUAAUUCUGAGCAUUUAUUUGAUGACAAUAAUUUUCACUACCUUUAGAGAAGAGGUGAACAUUAUUUAUUCACCAUGAAUUGAUCUACACUGUGGUUAUAAGUUGUGUAUACCUGCAUAACACUGUAUAUUUCCUUUGUCAGCACCCUUAGGAUAUACUUAAAAACACUUUCAGAUGGUUUCAGCUUAAAUAGUCUUAUGUCAUGGCAACAAACUACUUUUUCAGACCCUAAAUAGAAACUAUGUAAUUUUUCUCAAAUUGUGAAUCAACGCUUUGUUGAUUCAGUUUGUUGGUCUUAAUGUAAAACCUUGGCUUGAAAUAAAGUACAUACUGAUUGAUUUA